CUAAAUCCUUCUCCAAGACCCCCUCCCCCAGCCACAGUGUGUCAGGGGGCUUCUCCAAGAGCGGCUCUUCCUCCAGCAGCUACGACUACAGCCAGGACGCCGAGGCGGCCCACAUGGCAGCCACCGCCAUCCUGAACCUGUCCACCCGCUGCUGGGAGAGGCCCGAGACCCUCAGUGCCCCCCGGGAGCCCUGCAGCAAGGAGUCCCACAUUGAAGUGGAUGAGAACGGCACUUUGGACCUCAGCAUGAAGAGGACCAACAGGGAUGGCGUGCAGCCUCCAGAGCCUUCAUCUUCCUCGUCGUCAUCCUCUCAACACAUCGGAGCCCCCCUUUCUCAGGGCCACACCCAGGCAGAAUGGGAGGGGCCGCUGGACUUCACCAAACCAAGUGGAGUCAAAGAGGAAGACCAGGAAGAGGUGGAGUAUAUGGCUCCUUCAUACACAUCAUCUGAUGGAGAGGAAGAGGACCCGGAGAACCUGGAGGACAGGAAGUACCCUGGUGAGGUCACCACCGGCAGCUUCAAGGUCAAGUUUCAGCCCAAAGACAGCAAAAAAGAAGUUCUUUUAUGUCCCACCCCCGGCUGUGACGGCAGUGGACACAUCACUGGAAACUACGCAUCACAUCGCAGUCUGUCAGGCUGUCCUCUUGCUGAUAAAUCACUUCGGACCCUCAUGGCUGCCCACACAGCUGAACUAAAGUGUCCGACUCCAGGGUGUGACGGAUCGGGCCACAUCACAGGAAACUAUGCCUCUCACAGAAGCUAUGAUUUGGUUGGGCCAGAUUGUGUGAGGGCUGUCCUGAGGCCUUGUCCUGUUAGAGGAGGUGAGCCUCAGGACCAGCUGGUUGAGGGGACUCCUCUCAAUGGAGGGCUUUGUAAUG